AUGGAGAUUUUAAGGUCUCUUCUUCACCAGCAACAGAUUUCUAAGGCAUCAGGUUCUACACCUACAACAGCAAUUGCACAACGAGGUAAUAUCUCAUCAUCUCUAUUAUCACAAAAAGAUGAUCUCAAUGAUUGGAUUUUUGACACCGGUGCAUCAGAUCAUAUGACAGGACAUCAUUCAACUUUUUUGAAUUAUAAAAAAUGUGAUGGUGAGAUAAAAGUCUCAGUGGCAAAUGGGAAUACAAUAAUUGUCGCUAGAGUUGGAGAUGUUUUUUACCAAGGACUUUAUUUGAAAUUUGUUCUUCAUGUUCCGAGUUUAAGAUAUAAUCUCCUUUCUGAUCCGUCUUCGGGGAAGAUGAUUGGCAAUGCUGAAGAACGACAUGGUCUCUACUAUCUCAUUGAUUCUUCUCCAAGGCCAAAACCACAUCUUUCUCUUUCUGCUGAUUUUUGGGGAGCAUCACGGGUUGUGGAUUUUACAGGCAAGAGAUGGUUCAUCACCUUCAUAGAUGACCAUACUCGUGCUUGUUGGGUCUAUCUCUUGAAGAACAAAUCUGAUGUCGGGUAUGUGUUUCAACAGUUCCAUAAAAUGAUAAAGAAUGUGUUACAAUGCAACAUUCACAUACUCCGCAUAGAUAAUGGAGGAGAGUACUUUGCACAGAUUCUUGGAGAUUACCUCAUYYAGAAUGGCAUAUUUCAUCAAAGCUCAUGUACAUCUACCCCACAACAAAAUGGGGUUGCAGAACGAAAAAAUCGUAAUUUGUUGGAGGGGGAGAACUUAAUUGAAGAUAAUCAUUGGGAUCCUUCGAUAUCUCUUCYUGUGUCUUUGCCCCAGUCUCCAUCAGUGUCCACUUUACCAUCCUCUGAGUCUCCACCAUUACCCCUACCAGAUACAACCGUAGGUCUCGAUCAAGGGGGAGAAUCAGUCCAACAACAAAGUGAACUAAUUGUUUACUCAAGGAGGCCCCGUGUUACUCAGCAAAACCAAUCAUCAGAACCUAUGGCAGAUUCACCACAAGAUUCACAAAGAGGUGUUGUUUCAAUUGAUGAUCUAGAUGUUCCCAUUGCUAUAAGAAAGGGGGUAAGAUCUUGUACUCAACAUCCGAUUUUGAAUCAUUUUUCAUAUUGUCGUUUAUCUAACACUCACAGGGCAUUUGUAUAUCAACUUGAUAAUGUAACAAUUCCUUCAAAUAUAUAUGAUGCCUUGAGAGAUUCAAAAUGGAAGGCUGCUGUUUUAGAAGAGAUGAAGGCACUAAAUGACAAUAAUACAUGGGAAGUUGUAAACAUGCCUGAAGGGAAGAAGUUAGUGGGAUGUAAGUGGAUUUUUAUGGUGAAAGUAGGCUUGGAAGGGAAAAUAGAGAGAUACAAGGCGCGUUUGGUUGCUCAAGGGUAUACACAAACAUACGGACUUGACUACGAAGAAACUUUUGCAUCAGUUGCAAAAUUGAACUCUAUACGGGUUCUCUUGUCUAUGGCAGCCAACUUGGAUUGGGAAUUGCACCAAAUGGAUGUUUCAAAUGCUUUYCUGAAUGGAACUCUUGAUGAAGAAGUCUACAUGAAGCUGCCUCCUGGCUUUGAAGACAAAGAAAAACCAGGAUCAGAUAUUGUACAAAGGUUUGGGGGAAUGUUGUUACAUGGCGAAGUAAGAAGCAAACUGUUGUGUCCAGAAGUAGUGCAGAAGCAGAUUACAGGGCAACUGCACAAGGGAUUUGUGAGUUAA